GGGGUCCUCCCUGGCGGCCGCCGCUGAGCCCCCGCGGGGCCCGUGACGCCGCGGCCGAUGUGGCCCCGCGCGCGCUGCGGGCCUGCACCGCCGCUUCACAAAGACGCCGCCGGAGCCGCCGCCCGCACCCGGGCCGCAGCCGCCCCGGGAACCGGAGCCCGAACCCGAGCCCGAGCCGGAGCCAGAGCCGCAGGCGCGGGGCAGGAGGCGGCGCCCGCGGGCGGCCGGCCCCGGCAUGGAGAAGCGGGCGGCCGCGGGGCCGGAGGGGGCGCCGGGCGCCCGGGCGCAGCUCGCUGUCGUCUGCCUGGUGAACAUUGUUCUCACAGGGCGGCUCAGCAGCGCUGUUCCUGCCUUAGGUGAGGCCAGCACUUCUCAGCCUCCUCUCCUGACAGCCGCCUGCAGUGGGAAGCUGGAGCAGCACACAGAGCGCCGCGGCGUCAUCUACAGCCCAGCCUGGCCCCUCAACUACCCUCCAGGCACCAACUGCAGCUGGUACAUCCAGGGCGACCGUGGGGACAUGAUCACCAUCAGCUUCCGCAACUUUGACGUGGAGGAGUCCCAUCAGUGCUCCCUGGACUGGCUCAUGCUGGGCCCCGCGGCCCCGCCCCGCCAGGAGGCCUUCCGGCUCUGUGGCUCUGCCAUCCCGCCCGCCUUCAUCUCGGCCCGGGACCAUGUCUGGAUCUUCUUCCACUCGGACGCCUCCAGCUCCGGCCAGGCCCAGGGCUUCCGCCUCUCGUACAUCCGAGGGAAGCUGGGCCAGGCAUCAUGCCAGGCUGACGAGUUCCGCUGUGACAACGGCAAGUGCCUGCCGGGCCCGUGGCAAUGCAACACCGUGGAUGAGUGUGGCGAUGGCUCCGACGAGGGCAACUGCUCGGCACCUGCCUCCGAGCCACCGGGCAGCCUGUGCCCUGGGGGCACCUUCCCCUGCAGCGGGGCACGCUCCACGCGCUGCCUGCCUGCUGAGAGGCGCUGCGAUGGCACACAGGACUGCGGCGAUGGCUCUGAUGAGGCCGGCUGUCCUGACCUGGCCUGUGGUCGGCGGCUGGGCAGCUUCUACGGCUCCUUCGCCUCCCCAGACCUGUUCGGUGCAGCCCGCGGGCCCUCGGAUCUGCACUGCACGUGGCUGGUGGACACACAGGACCCGAGGCGUGUGCUGCUGCAGCUGGAGCUGCGGUUGGGUUACGAUGACUACGUGCAGGUGUAUGAGGGCCUGGGUGAGCGCGGGGACCGCCUGUUGCAGACACUCUCCUACCGCAGCAACCACCGACCCGUGAGCCUUGAGGCUGCCCAGGGCCGCCUCACCGUGGCCUAUCAUGCCCGCGCCCGCAGCGCUGGCCACGGCUUCAAUGCCACCUACCAGGUGAAGGGCUAUUGCCUCCCCUGGGAGCAGCCAUGCGGGAGCAGCAGAGAGGGGGACGCAGGGGACGCAGGCGAGCAGGGCUGCUUCUCGGAGCCGCAGCGCUGCGAUGGCUGGUGGCACUGCGCCAGUGGCCGGGACGAGCAGGGUUGCCCCGCCUGCCCGCCUGACCAGUACCCCUGCGAGGGUGGCAGCGGCCUGUGCUACACACCCGCCGACCGCUGCAACAACCAGAAGAGCUGCCCCGAUGGCGCUGACGAGAAGAACUGCUUCUCCUGCCAGCCGGGCACCUUCCACUGUGGCACCAACCUGUGCAUCUUCGAGACGUGGCGCUGCGAUGGCCAGGAGGACUGUCAGGAUGGCAGCGAUGAGCAUGGCUGCCUGGCGGCCGUGCCCCGCAAAGUCAUCACCGCCGCGCUCAUCGGCAGCCUGGUCUGUGGCCUGCUGCUCGUCAUUGCCCUGGGCUGCGCCUUCAAGCUCUAUUCCCUGCGCACGCAGGAGUACAGGGCCUUUGAGACCCAGAUGACCCGCCUGGAGGCUGAGUUUGUGCGGCGGGAGGCACCCCCAUCCUACGGUCAGCUCAUCGCGCAGGGCCUCAUUCCACCAGUUGAGGACUUUCCCGUCUACAGCGCAUCCCAGCUGCCGCCCCACCCUCCAGGCCUCGGUGCUACAGAACCUUCGCACGGCCAUGCGGAGACAGAUGCGCCGGCACGCCUCCCGCCGCGGGCCCUCCCGCCGUCGCCUCGGCCGCCUCUGGAACCGGCUCUUUCACCGGCCUCGGGCGCCCCGCGGACAGAUCCCGUUGCUGACGGCCGCACGCACCUCUCAGACGGUGCUGGGUGAUGGGCUCCUCCAGCCUGCACCAGGGGCUGCCUUGGACCCCCCGGCGCCCCUUACGGACACAGGCAGCCCAGGGGCAGCCGGGGAGGGGCCCCCCAGUGCCCCCAUCCACGCCCCAGAGGUGGGACCUUCGGUGCCGCCUCCCUUGGGCCUGCGGGACCCGGAGUGCAGGCCAGUGGACAAGGACAGAAAGGCCAGCAGGGACCCUUUGCUGGACAAUUCAGCCCCCGUGGACAUGCCUCGGGAGCCCUGCUCGGCCCAGGACCCUCAUCCUCCCGCCUCCACUGCCAGCAGCACCCUGGGCCCCCACCCACCCGAGCCACUGGGUGUCUGCCGGAGCCCCCCGCCACCCUGCUCCCCAACGUUGGAGGCCAGUGAUGACGAGGCCCUGCUGGUCUGCUGACCCGCUGGACACGCUGGUGACCGCCACAGCCCCGCUUUGUAACCAGGGAAUACACAGUCGUUUCUA